CCAGGUAAACACGGCCGCGGGCGGCGGCGCUGAGGGGGCUCCGCGGGCACCGGGGCACGGCGAGAGCCCGCUGCCUUCCCCCGGCCGGCCUUGAGCCGCGUUUCUCUUCGGCUCCCCUCACUUCCCCGGCCUGCCGCCUCCCCGCACCGGCUCUCCCCUGCCGGGGCCCGGGAAGGGGAGGCGGCUCUGCGGUCCCGGGAAGUUGCCCCUGAGGAGGCACCGGAGGCGUUUGCUGCAGUGUCGCCCCUAAACUAAAAGGAGCUGUAAGCAAACGCAUAGGGGCACAACUUUAAAGGACGAGGAGUGGUGAAAAUAGUAGUCUCAGCCUCUGUGAUCAAGUUGUCUUCUUUCUGCAAUAGUUGUUUUUGUGUUGGGAUGGGUAACCUGGUGUCUUUGCAGUGACUUGAAAUAGUUUGGACUUUAUAUAAACUGGAAGAUGUGGAGUGGGCUGUUGCCUCCAGGACUGAAUGAAAGUGAUGUUGAUCUGAGUUCUGAUGAUGGAGACGAAUCACCUGAUUCCUGUUCAAAGCAAGAGGCAAAAGAAGAUACUGAAAGAGUUCAGGGGACUGGACAAGAAAGUAAUGGCAGCAGUGAACCUCUUGUACCAGUGGCAGAUGAAGAAGGUGAAUUUCAAACGUGCCCUCCUGGAGUUUCUGUAAAUAUCUGGAAUAAAUUUGUGGAGCUUCAGAAGAAACACCAGGAAAUGAAAAUGCAAGUGAGAGAGGAAAACAGAUGCCGAAAAAGAAAGCGCCGCCGAAAAGCAAAGCAGAGAAAGAGCGAUGAAGUGGCUCAGAGUCAGCAGUUGGAAAAUGAAGACAAAUGGAAGGAACUUACACAAUACUUUGGAAUCAAUGAUAGAUUUGAAUCACCUGUGGACAGCAGGGCUCCACAAAAGUCUGGCCUGGAACUGAGCAUAGAGAAGUGUGUGGCUGAAGGUGACAUUGCCAAGGCUGAGGAGCUGAGUGACAGAUUGGCCACUCGUGAGCUUGGUGUGAAAAUUGCCAAAGCUGCCGCUUGCCGCAACUUUGUAAAAGCCAAGCAAGAAGCAGAGGCUGCCCAGGAAGCUCAAAAGAAAAAGAAGCUUGCUUGGGGAUUUGAAGCCAAGAAAAGAUGGGAAACAAAAAGCAACAUGGGAUACAUGUAGUCCAUCCUGUUUUCUUCAGGAGUCGAAUACCUGUUGUUACUUGAAGAAUUUUUGUGGGCACCUUAUUAAAUCUAAACAUAAAACCCCCCAGAACACAACACAUCAAAUGCUUAGUAUUUAUAUUAAUGUUUUUAAACUGCACUGUCUUGUUUUGUCACUCUCUUAUAAAUAAUACAGCAAAAAUACUAUCUAAAUAUCAAUACUGGGUUAAACUUUCCUCCUUGAUAUGAAACUUAAAGAUAAUACAUUUCAGGAUGAAUUUGGAGUCUGGCAGAGAAUUCUCUGAAGUUGAAAUAAAAUUCUUGGUCCAAA